GCAUUUGGGAUGCGGCAGCGCGUUGUUUUGGUCAGGUCCUGGACUUUUCUAGCAGCUCUGCAGCAGGAGACGGAUGUCUGAGCUGUGUGCGGUGAAUGUGUGCGGAUUUAACACCGCGCUGAGAUAAACCUCACCCACACAGAGAGAGACAGAGUGUGUGUGUGUGUGUGUGUUGGUCAUGGCGGAGGACAGUGAGUGGGUCGUGGAGAGCAUCGCCGGCUAUCUGGGCAGUCCCGACUGGCUCCUUCCGCUCACUGAUUUCAUGGAAAACAAAUGUUCAGUGUUCGAUGAUGAGGAGGAAAAUAAAUUAUCGUAUACAGAAAUCCAUCAGCAGUACAAGCAGCUGGUAGAGAAGCUGUUAGAAAACUACAUGCAGGAAGUAGGCAUUAGUGAACAGCAGUUCCUGGACGCCUGCUCGUCUCCUUUAGCCAAGUCCAAGACCUUGCAGGCUCUGUUCCAGCCGGUGCUGGCCACAAAUGACUUUCAGAUGUUUCGCUCGCUGAUGGUGCAGAAGAAUGUGGAGCUGCAGCUUCAGGCCCUGCGCGUCAUCAAGGAGAGAAACGGAUCCCUGCCUGAAUGUCUGACCGACGGUACGGAUGUGAUGAGUGAGCUGGAGCAGCAGGAGCUGCAGAUCCUCCAGGAGGUUCUCAAGCGAUCGAAAGAGGAGUACGAGGAAGAGAUCGCUCGCAGAGAGCACUUAGCGCAGAAGAUCGGCUCCACGUCCUCCAGCCCUCGUGAGGCGCCAGUUAGAAACGGCACUGACCCUCAGGCCGCCGCCCACACACCCACCCAGCCAAUCACCAGCCGCAGCAAGAAAGAGGACAAGGUGAUUUCUGAGCGAAGUUCAGCCAGUACGUCUCCUAAAGCCUCAGAUAAUUGUAGCACAGAGACAAAGUCACUACCAGAAGUCCGGGUCCCGGUUAAGGGUUCUGCACCGCCGCCGAUGUCCCGGGAGAAAAAUGCCAACCAGGCAGCAGAGAGCUGGUUAGAGGAGGCGCGGAAGGAAGCUGGAAUCUCCAAACCUUUCCAAGAGCUGACGGUGGCGCAGCAGGAGCAGCUGCAGCAGAGAGCUGAGUAUCUGAGACAGCAGAGGGACAAACUGCAGGCGCUGAAGAAAGAGCAGAAAGGAAAAUCCGUCGCUGUAGAGGAAACCCCGUCAUCGUCCCCGACGCCCGCGCCCACGUCCGCACCCUCCACACAGACGAGCGCCUCGAAAAGGCUCGGCGGCUCGGCUAGCGCGAACGGAUCACAGCCGCAGAGCGCCGGUGCUGCGGCUCAGAAGGAAAUCUCAAUCGAGGAGAAGAAGAAGCUGCAGAAGAGAAAACACCUGGCUGAGAAACUGAAAGAAGAAGUCAUCCGAAAGUAACGAUGAUAAUAAUCUCGCUCGCUCAUGACCAGGACUGAAAUAAAUCCACAGAACGCAGAGAAGACCAGGAAGCACUCAGAAGUCGUGAUUAGUUUUCAGUAACGGCAAUACGAUAUGAUACGAUACGUAACGGCAAUACGAACGAUACGAUACGAUAUGAUAUGAAAUAAACGCAUCAGAUUGUAUCUUCUUUAAUAAACGCAGUUUUAUA